AUGGUACACGCACCACGUAAUAGCUUUCUUGUUCCGGGGGUUCCACGUUACUCCCGAAGUGUGAUUUAUUCCAAAAAAGCAUUAUAUAAACGGAAAAAAGUGCAAGUUCCCAAAACCGAAACCAAAGUUGAAACCACCAAAACGAAACCAAUAGGUGGUGAAAAGAAUGGCAAAGAACGUUUGAUUCCUUUGGAAAAAGCCCCACGAUUUUAUCCAGCGGAAGAUAUUCCACGUCCUAAGAAAUCUCGUAAAGUUAAUAAGCCAACCAAGCUUCGUCCUUCUAUUACACCCGGAACCGUUCUUAUUUUGGUAGCAGGUCGUUUCCGAGGAAAACGGGUUGUAUUUUUAAAGCAACUCGCAAGUGGAUUAUUAUUAGUAACAGGACCAUUUAAAAUUAAUGGUGUACCUUUGAGACGUGUCAAUCAAGCUUACGUUAUUGCCACUUCUACGAAGAUUAACAUUUCCACCGUUUGUUCACUUGAUAAAUUUGAUGACGCGUAUUUUAAGAAAGCUAAAGAAUCCAAAAAGAAGAUCACAGAAAAAGAAUUCUUUGAAGAUGAGCAAAAAAAACCACUUCCUGAAACAAGAGCUUCAGAUCAAAAAGAAGUUGAUAAAAGUAUUAACGCAGUGAUAAAAAAGACUCCUCACCUUCGAGAUUAUUUACAUUCCAGAUUCUCACUCUCUAGAGGUCAAUUCCCUCAUAAUUUAGCGUUUUAA